AUGGCAACUGUCAUAACGACUAAUGAUAAUGUUUAUUCCAAUGGCUCAUCGCCCAGUAAUUUUAAAAUGAUUCAUGAUUGGUUUCUUUCACUUCAGGGUGAAAUGGUGUCAUCAACUUUGAAUUACAAUCCAAAAUUGAAUGCUGAAAUUCAUUUAGCCAUAACUAAAGAAUCUUCGGAAUAUGUGUCAUCAAUUUGUGAUCAUCUUUUUUCACUUUAUCACGAUGUACAACAUCGACUAUUUGUGCUUCAAUUUCUUCCGUCAUUCGUAGCAGUCUAUUAUGAUGUUCUUUAUCAUCAUCGUCAUCUAGAAUCAAUUGAUGCUAAAACCGAGGAUGUUUGUUCAACAAUUGAUACUUUCCUCGUCAGUCUUUAUAAUCUAACGGUGAUGGAUGAUGAACAUAAUGAAAAAACCUAUGAAUUUCGUAUUCCAAAUUUAACUCUUCCAUCGAUUUAUCAUACACCGAAUUCUGAUCAUUAUGCUCCAACACCUCUCACUCAGCAGGCAAUAUCAAAGCAUGAGCAAAAAUGUGAAGCUAUUCGUUUACCAUCUUUUACUCCAUUUGAUUCCAUCAAUGGAACUACAAACAGUUCGAAACUAAUGAUCAGCUAUCAGGGAGAACAAAUUGUUUGGUUUCUUCUUAUUCAAUAUGGCAUAAAUGUAUCUUUUAUGGAUAAAUAUUCUCGUCAAUCAUAUAUUAGAAUGUCAAAAAAAUUAGUUGGGCAAGGUUUUUCAUUUAAUGGUGCUAAACAAUCGAAAACUCAAUCAGUUUUGCCACCGGAUGGGCGUCGUAUUCGUGUAUCAAGUCGAAUUAUGUCAGAAAUAUUAGGAACAUUAUUUUAUUUUAAAUUUAAUACGUCUGAUAAAGAAGUAGAUGAAUGUCUACACUUAUUAAAACAUCGUGCAGAAUAUGAGAUGUAUGCUGAUGUUUUACUAAUGACUGAAUCAAUGGGCUAUCUACAUGAAUUUGAAUCUAAACGAUCUGAACAAGCAGAUAGAAUGGGUAUUGAAAUAGAAUUACCACCGACGAUGGAUAUGGUACGACAAAAACGAACUGCAACAACAACACGUUCAAUUAAAAAUCGUCAGCGUUCAAAAAAUCAAAAUGAUGUAUCAGUUCUUACUGAAACUAGUACUGAUGAAAAUACGAAUAUUAUACCCGUAUCACCACAACAACAAUCUAUAACUAGUCUAGCUAAUCAAAAUUUGUCAAUAUUUGACUACAACCAUGUUAAUCAUGCUGAUGAUUUUGAAUCUUCAUUGAUGAUUGACGAAGCACGAUCUAAUAUUUCCUCAUCGAUUGGUCCAGCUAUCUCAACUCCAUCACCAUCAUCAGCUCGUCAUUAUACGCCAGUAUCAUUAACAUCAACACAAACCUAUUUCAAAACUUUACAGCAACAAAGAGGAUCAUCGCCAAUUUUACAGCUUCAACCAAUGAAAUUUGAUGAUAAUGGUGGCGAUGGUGAUAACGAACCAGUAACAGUUACAACAGUACCACAUUCGUCUAGCAUGAAGCAUGGAGGAAAAAAGGACAGACUAGCAACAGUUAGAUUUCGAGGUGAUAAAUCAGAAGACAAGGAAACGAACGUUGAAGAAACAUAUCUUUAG